CCGUGCCGCGAAAGAUGAAAAAUUGCGGUAAACUGAAAAGUUCGAACAGAGAGGUGGUAAUUGUAUGUGUAUAUCUUGCGAGCUAUUCGGCGCACCUCCAACGGAAUCCACUAGUUGAUAGCCGGUAGACGCCGAUUUCUGAAUAUAGUUGGCGUCUGUUGAUCGAAGCGUCGCGACGACUUCCUUCUUUUCCCGUUACGGAUUUAAUACGCGUGUGAGAUCGUCGAUGCGCUUUUUUCGAAAAGCGAAAUUUUUUUCUUCAUGUUCGACUUUUAUACCAGCACUUGUGACAUGAACAAUCAAGUAGAUGGAAUGGAACUAGAGACUUUGUACCAAAGAUACUGCGUACGUUUGAAACACGCAUUGUAUCUGUCGUGUUUAACAGUGGCUAGUACUACCAGUGCCGGACUAUUGAUAGCAACAUGCGUGCUUCACGUGCAGGAUCUACAUAAAAGCAUCAUACCUAUAACAGUGAUGUCAAUUCUGACGCCGGCACUAAUUUUUAUACUUCUAGCGUCUCAUUUUCCUCCUGUUUUGGAAUCGGAAGCGUGGGCGUUGCUGUCUUCCUUACUGUUAACAGCUGGGGUAACGGCGGCUAUGCUCCUUUUAGCAGGUAGACAUGCACCGCUACCUCUGUUCGCGCUGUUGAUCGCCAUCCACACCAUGUUUCCGCUAUCGAGAGCAGUGUCAUUAGCUUUGGCAACUAUUGUGACCGUAGCUCAUUUGGCCACUUCGAUAGCCUAUAGGAUUAACGACAACGGCAUACAGAAUUAUUUGCAGUUGAUACCGGAAACGGUGAUGCUGAUAUCAGCUAGCUGCACUGGGGUUUACUACAGACAUAUGACGGAAGAGGCGCAUAGACGUACUUUCGUCGGUACAAGGACCUGUAUAGAAUCGAGAGUGAAGCUGGAAUGCGAAAAAGAACAACAAGAACAACUGCUAUUGAGUGUUAUUCCGGCUUACAUCGCAGCAGAGGUCAAACGCAGUAUAAUGUUGAAAAUGGCCGACGCUUGCCAGGAACAAUCGAAUCGGAGUUUCCACGAGAUGUAUGUGCAACGUCACAAUAACGUCUCUAUAUUGUAUGCGGACAUUGUAAACUUCACUCCUUUGUCGGAACAAUUGUCCGCCUCCGAUUUGGUCAAAACACUCAACGAACUCUUCGGUAGAUUCGAUCAAAUAGCUCAUGAGAAUCAAUGCAUGAGAAUCAAAAUUCUAGGGGAUUGUUAUUAUUGCGUUUCCGGACUGCCGGUUUCGAGACCCAACCACGCCUACAAUUGUGUAAAUAUGGGAUUACAAAUGAUAGAAGCAAUAAGGUUUGUACGUGAAGCGACAGGUUUCAACGUCGACAUGCGAAUCGGAAUUCACACAGGGAACGUAUUGUGUGGCGUCCUGGGUCUACGGAAAUGGCAGUUCGACGUCUGGAGCGACGACGUUACCUUGGCUAACCACAUGGAAUCGGGGGGGAUCGCGGGACGUGUCCAUAUAACAAGAGCAACUCUAAAUCAACUCGGAGACAAAUUUCAAGUGGAACCAGGAGAAGGAUCUAGUAGAGAAGGAUAUUUAUCCGAUCACAAAAUAGAAACUUUCCUAAUUAUUCCACCAAAGAUGGCCGAUUCAGAAAUUUCCAACGGGAAUCUAAAACCAAGACUGUCUAACAUAUCGGAAAGGACCAAUAGCAUUUGCGAGGGUACCAUGGGUUUGGGAUUACCACAUACCAGGACGCGUCCAUCCAGCAAGAUGACUAAAUACGUGGAAUGCUGGGGAGCUGAUAAACCUUUUGCCAACAUCGCAGAAUCUACGCUUGCCAAAAAUAUUGAAUUAACGUCGACAUCGUAUCUUCAGACUUUAGCCAUGAUAGAAUCCAAUUUGCUUCCUAACCGGACAACAUGCUUGGAAUGCAAAAAAUGGUGGAAUAGCGAGGAACUUCAUCCCGCCUUGUUGUGGUUCCGAAAUAGAAAGCAAGAAACAGACUAUCGCGCCCAACCGGAUACUGAAUUUCGUUGUUAUAUUACUUGCGCCUCAUUUCUCUUUCUGGCGAUGUGCCUCAUGCAAAUUACCACGAUUCCCAGAACGAUUACUCUUUACGGUACUCUCGGACCAACUUUGGUAGUUCUACUCAUAUUCGUGUACUUAUGUUGGUUGGACGGUUGUUGCGGCCCUCGGCCUCCUUCGGAUACUCCCGUAGACGAACCGGGAGAAUGUUCUCCUCCCGGACAAAUCGUAGCUGAGAGUCGUUGUCUUCGACUGUCGAUUUUUUUGGUAUCAGUAACCCUGAUAUCAACAUGCGCAGUAAUUACUCUCAUCAAUUACGGUCCACAACCUAUACCGAUACCGAUAACUCCAACAACAACGGAAAUGCCAGAAUUCGACAUGAAUAAUUCAAUCUCGAAAUGGAAUUUAACAAACAGAAUUUCUCCGAUUGACAACAGCAUUCCAAAAAUUAUCGUAGUGCAAUACGUGCCUACUUAUCUCUACAGCUCGGCUUUAGUACUGGCGGCUAUAUCAGUUUUUCUGAGAAUGGGAUUCUUAUUAAAAUUAUUAUUAAUGACGGCUUCGGUUAUCGUACACAUUUUGAUAUACAGUUAUAUGGAUUUUUUUCAAGAUUACCACGAUUCUCACGACGACGAAUUUCCUGCAAUACCUUUUGAAAUAAAAACGGCAAUAGCUCUAGCUUUGGUUGUGAUAUUUUUUCAUAUACUCGAUAGACAAAUCGAGUUUACGGCUAGAACGGAUUAUUUAUGGAAAGCGAAGCUGAAGGUGGAACAAGAUGAAGUCGAAACUAUGCGCGGAAUCAACAAGAUUCUUUUGGAGAAUAUUCUUCCGGCGCACGUGGCUGAACAUUUCUUAAAUACAAGAAUAACAGAAGACCUCUACCACGAAAGGUAUUCUUGUGUUGCCGUCAUGUUCGCUUCCAUUCCUAAUUACAAGGAAUUUUACGACGAAAGUGAUGUAAAUAAACAGGGCCUGGAGUGUUUGAGACUACUCAAUGAAAUUAUUUGCGAAUUUGACAAGCUACUUUUAAAACCAAAGUUUAGUUGUAUAGAAAAAAUUAAAACAAUCGGUAGUACUUACAUGUUGGCGUCGGGUUUAAGGCCUGGUAAAGAAGAAACUAGUAAAGAGGCUAGUAGAAAGGAAGAACACAUUAUAACAGCACUAGUAGAAUUCGCAGUAUUGCUGAUGACUAGUUUAGAACAAAUAAACAGAGAUGCAUUCCAAAGAUUUAAAUUGAGGAUCGGCCUAAAUCACGGACCUGUAAUAGCGGGAGUGGUCGGAGCGCAAAAACCCCAAUACGAUAUUUGGGGUAAUACUGUCAACGUAGCGUCCAGGAUGGAUUCUUGUGGACUGUUAGGUAAAAUACAAACGACAGAUGUCACUGCUGAAGUUCUUAUGAAUGCUGGUUACCAAUGCGAUUGUAGAGGCCCGACGUACGUUAAAGGCAAAGGUACUUUGACAACUUAUUUUGUCAAAACACCGUUUGAUGAUAAGGAUCAUUGAAGAUAAUAUGUGAUAUAAUGCAAAUUAAAUGACACUUAAUUUAUAAUUUACAAUUUUUUGUCAAUAUUCAACUCAAAUCCUUUUCCUCCGAUGUUUACCUUCUAUGAUAUUUUGGAAAGAAAAUUUUUGUUUUAAGAAGAGAUUUUUUGAUAUGUUUUAGAUGUACCUGACUGACUUUUUAGAUGUUAUACUCAUAUUUAUGACGUAAACUUAACUUGGAAAAAUAAUAGUGGUUAAGUUACAUUUUUGUGAAAAAUAUAUUCCAGUUGUUCCCUGGGUAUUAAUUUUAUUUUUAGCUUAAAAAACUGCCUAUUCUAAAACCGAUAUGCACAAUCACAUUUUUCAGUAUAUGAAGUGACUAGAAGACACAGAAUUUGAAAUAAAUGUCACAAAUUAGAGGAAUGACAUUUUUUUAUACUCAUGAUAUUAUUAAAUAUUCAACCUUCCAUCGAGCGCAUUCAAUCUGUGAGAUGAGUAGAAUUUGUUUUGGUCUACCAAUAGUCCGGUCAAAUUAGACCUAAAAGUAAGAGUGAAGCUACAUAAAUUCCAACCAAUCUAAAAAACAGUAAAAUUGUUUAAAAUGUGAUUAAAAAUAAAAUUUGAAAAUUCCCAUUAUUCUCGUGUAUAGAAAAAAUUUUAUUCAAGGUCAAAUUUGAAAAAAAUAGUUUUUCGCGAUUUACAGCAAAACGGUAAGUUUUAUAUUAAGAAUACCACAGACAAAAAUUGUAGAUCAUAAAAUUAUCUACAAAAAACGUUUCAAUACUUUUUUUUAUAGGAGCCACCGUUUCUAAGAUAUGAUUCAAAAAGUUGUAAUCUUCAAAAUAUACAUGAGCACGCCACGUAUAUACAUUUCUAGAGUUGUAAUAAACAAUCUUUUCCUGAAACUAUUUUUACAACAAACCAAACAAAGAAAAAAAUAAAUUGUUUCUUCAUGCCUUAAAGAAAUAGAAAACAUAAGUAAUCAUUGUUUCACAAAUCAAUUUAUUAUUCAUAGAAUUAAAUAGCAUUGGAGCAAUUUUUCCUAUUGAUAAAAAUUUAUUUUAAAUUGAAUAUAAAAUUUAAUGAGUGAAAUUUCAAAUUUUAAUCAUGAGAGUAGAUACUCUAGGCCGGUUCUGGAACAGAAGUGACAUUCACGGAAUACGUUGUAGUAUCCUUAUCGUCACGUCUAACCAUCAAAGUAUCGAAAUACGGGGCGUCUUAAAAAAAAAGGCGAUAACGGCAAAAUGAAAUCCGGGUGUGCUAUUAUUAGCAAAACACGUGCACCACGUCGGGCGUUAUCACCUUAGAAAACACGUACGUCAUGUCGGCCGAUAUCGCCUUACCUCACUUUUUAACACACCCCGUACUUCAAUUUUGCCAUUAUCGCCUUACCUCACUUUUUCAAGUUUUUGUUAACACCCCUCAUAUAUCGAUACUUUGAUGUUUUCGUUAUCGUCUGCGGUUAGACUUGACUAUAAGCAUACUUCGACGUACCCCGUGAAUGUCACUUCCGUUCCAAAACCAACCUAGAACAUCCCUCAUAUUCUAAAUAUUAAAUUACAUCAAUUUAAAUAUAAGAAGUAAUGGGUUACUAUAAAAAUAUUUUUGUAUAAUUUUUAUUAUUAGAAAUUUGAAUUUCGAUUUAAAAUACAAAUUAGAGCUUGAUUAAAAAGUAUUUGUUCAUCAGGGUUCAUUAAAUGAUAAUUAAUUUACUUUUCUCUAUUUAAUUUUUAUUGUAGAAUAAAAAUUUUUAAAUAUGCUUCCCAUUAAAACAAAAAAAUUAUCUAUGGACCUCUAUGGGUCAAGAAUGACUUUCAGAUUUGUCCCUAUUUUAGUAAUUAUCUUCUGCUUUUGAUAAUUUAAUUAUUAAAUUUGCUAAAAAACACAAGAAGUGUUUAUUUGAUUUCAAUUGUUUUCCUAAAUGGCUCCAAGGAGCAUUUACUCGAAGUAGAAGAUGAUAUAUUAUUUAUUAUCAGUGCUUCUGUUUUUCUUGGAAAAAUUUGAACUUCUCUAUAGUUAGGUUGAAGGCCCCCUUUACAAAAUUUGAUAUAGGACCCAUCUACCUCAAGCUACACCCCUAAAAGUUCCAUACAAAAAAUGUUUGUUAUAUAAUUAACAAGAUUCCUUUGUAUAAUUUCUCUUGUAGGUGUUAGGAGAAACAAAAAAAGCCUAAUUAUUUUUAAAAGUUGUAUUAACUUUUGUGUAAUAAAGAUAAUAAAAAUGUAUUGAGCUGCUUUAAUAGUAACAUAGGCAUUGGAACACCAAAAAAUAUGUUUUAGUUGAAAAUUAUAUAAAUGUAUUAUAAAUUUUAUAAAUAAUGAAUGUACUUAAAUAUAUUUAUUUACCUUGUAUAUCUAUUGUACAUUUAAAAAGGUUAGUUACGUAAUUUUGUGUAAAUCCUUGACAAUCUCAAUUUUGGCAAGUGAAUUUGUUCUUGAAAUGAUCAAAUAAAUUAUUUUAGAAACAA